CAAAAUUUUCACACUACUGCGGAUCAAUACCCAGUCCUUAAAGGCUCGCACCGUAACCAAGUAGGUUCGAUCGCAGAGAAACAAAGCCCCUCUCUCCUAAAGCAAAGGGAUUCUGUUAUUGGGAGUUGAAGCAGCUUUCACAAAUCCCAGAAACGUUAGAAAUGUGAGUUUGAAGCUCCAACUCUCUUUAUUACCAUAUAGCGCUCUCCGUGACCGUGACAACGGAAAGGAGGAGUCCCCUUCCAUCUUGAAUUUAAAGCUUCAUAUCAUUAUAAUACCCACCUCCUUUCUCUGCUAUAUCCUCCUCCGGCCUGCUCCUUCCUAUUCACUUUCUCCUCCUCACGGAUAACACAGGUCGAUUUUUUUGCCCGUCUCUUGUCAGUUAAGACCCCAAAAAGACUCGUUUUUGCAGCGGAUGGCAUCGGCUACAAUCGGGAUAGGGAACAACAGCUUUAUUGGGGAUCGCGUGGGGAAAUGGAAGAUCAAGAAUCGGUGUAGUGAACAGUUGGUGGUGAUCAGUCAUCAGAACCGCUCAAGAGGGAUACGGAAGGGGAGGAUCUCGGCCACCUCGGCGAGUUUGGAACCGAUUUGGAAGUACGAAGGAGGGGGGAAAGAAAAGCACCGCAGAAACGACGCCGUUGAUGCUCACGAAAGACUAGAUGAGUGGAUGAAAAAUUCGGUGGUGGAGAUCGUGAAGAAUUUAAAAGAAGCGCCCCUGUUAGUACAGGUGUAUCCAAAGAAGUCAAACGCUGGUGAAACGACGGCCCUUAAGACAGAUCAGAGGGCAAUGGCGGAUGAUUGGGCGGGGGUGGUGGAAAAAUGGGAAACGGGGGAGACGCCAUUGCCGGAAGGGGUAAUAUUGGUGGAAGAAUUAGGGGAUGAAGGGGGAGAAGGAAAGGGGAGGACGACGAAGGCGUGGGGGGUUGUGGUUCAGGGGAGAGGGGUGGGAGCCGGGCCCAUCUGUUACUUGCUGAAGACGAGUCGGGUCAAAGCGGGUCCUGGAAUGAGUCCGUUUUGCACCCAUUUCUGCUUAGUCCGAGUAAAGAGUUUCAGGGAAACCGCUGAAUCGCAGCUCAAGAAUUGUUGGCUCUUGCAGGGCCAGGGACCCUGAUGGUUCGGAUUCUGCAAUUGACUUGAAAAAGUGUACAGAUUCUGAAGAUGAUCAGUAUUGCACCUCGAAGGCCAAGUUUGUUAAAUGGUUGUAUACAGUCAAUUCAGGUGAAUUGUGCACUUGAUCACUAAUAUUAAUAGCUGCCGAUUUCUAUGUUUUUAUGGAUGUAAGUAUUUGUUGUUAAUUUUUUUAAAAACUAUAUAGCGAAGUAAUAUUGUAUUCAAACCCAAUGAAAGAUGUAGCUCCCACUCAAUGACUUUUGUGGCACUACAGGCUACUUUUAUUAAGUGAAAAUUACGCAGAACCAUUAGUUUGGAAUACACUCAUUAUUUAAGAGAA